AUGUCGCAAAACACCCAACCCCACCCACGGGCCUUGGCCGACGCCGCGGAGGAGCUGCUGCUGCACCACCGGGGAAAGGCCGUCCUCGGCGAAAGCCUACUACCACCACCACCGCCCGCCGCCGCCACCACCACCACCACGAAGCCCACCACAGGCCGGGUUGGACCCUCGCUCAUGGACCUCCCCACCGAGUUGCACAUACUCAUCAGCAAGGAGCUCAUCUAUCCGGAUGCGCUCUCGCUAAAGCACACGAGUAGGCAUUUUUACGACCUGGUAUACACGGGCGUCAAGCUCAAGGUUUCGUGGCUUAUGCAGCGGCGCCGGCUGCACCUCGAAUGUCCAAACGACACGCGCUGUGAUCUGGGGAGUGAUCUGCGGUUUUGCAGGGGUAGUGUUAGCCUUCUCAUGCGACGACGCCGUGAGCACGUCGAGUGCGAUAGUCGUCCUGGCCUGGGUUGUCUGGUCUUUGGCACCCCGGUCUGCUCCCACCGCCAGCAGCCACUCCAGCGCAUACGCCGCUGGCUCAAGUCUCGGCUCACCAUCGAGUUACAGUGGCUGCUGCUAGCUGCUGUGGUGGUCUUUGUUUGUUGGAUGUGGCUUCCACAACUCUCGGCAUACCUUGCGCUAUCGACAUAG